GUAGCCCUGCUCUCAGGCAGUGGCCAGUAUUAAGUGUAGCAUGAGACGAUGCCACAGACGAUUAAAUCACGGAAUACCCGAUGUUGUUUACCCCUUAACAUCACCAAGAAGACCAUCUAUCCCGACAAGCGCUUAUACAGACAGAAAGAAGGGAGUCAAGACUGAGGGGUAGAUGUAUCAGCAGGAGCGAGCGCAGUAUGAAGAAAGCAGGCAGGCCAGCGGGGAACAAGGCAGCGAGUGGAGGAGUUAAAGGUGACACUGUGACAGCUGGAACCUCUGCUGGCAAACCUGCUGUUAAGAGCCCGACAACAGCUCCACUCUCCAAGGUGAAAAGUAAUGAUGAUCUUUUAGCUGCUAUGGCUGGGAACAGUGCAGGAGCGAACAACAUUGUUGCCAAGGGCAAGAAAUCGACCUCCGCUCACUCAACGUCCUCUAACAAUAACAACCCUGACAGCAAGACCAAGAGCAACUCAGGCACAUCCGGCAAACGAACGUCAUCCACGGCCUCCAAGGAGUCGAACUCCUCGCGAGAUCGUUUUCGAACCUCCAGAAGCUCCAACUGUAAGAAACAGUCAUCCACUGGUGGAUCUGAUAGACCCCAGACCAGACAUUCUCAUGGACAAGCCCACGUAUCAGACUCCGAGAGCCGCAUGAGCAAAUCUAAAUCUGACGGACAUCUAAAUGACAAAGUGGCCCUGGAGGCCAAAGUGAAAGAUCUUUUAGGUCUGGCCAAGGGCAAAGACGUGGAAAUCCUACAGCUACGGGGUGAGCUGAGGGACAUGAGGGUUCAGCUGGGACUGCCUGAGGAGGAUGAAGAAGAAGAAAGCCCACCAGAGAGGGAGGCAACUGCAGUGAUCACCGCUGCAGAUGUUGAGUCAACGUUGCUGCUCCUGCAGGAGCAGAACCAGGCCAUCCGCGGGGAGCUCAACCUUCUUAAAAACGAAAACCGAAUGUUAAAGGACCGUCUCAAUGCUCUGGGCUUUUCCCUGGAGCAGAGAUUGGAUGGGGCUGAAAAAAACUUUGUCUAUCCCACCAGUCCUGCCCCUUUGUCCUCUGGAGGUGGUGGAGGUCAUGGAGACUGUGCUAACGUGGCCUUGUCUGCAGAAGGUUCUACACCGGGCUCCUUGGAGGACUUACUCACAGGUGGCCAGCGAAGUGGCUCAACAGACAACCUGGAUAGCGAGUCUAGUGAGGUCUAUCAAGCGGUUACCUCCAGCGACGAUGCUUUAGACGCCCCUUCGGGCUGCGGUUCUCUGUCGUCCUCUGAGUCCGAAGGUGGAGCUCCGGCAUGUCGCAGUUCCUCCCGUAAGGGGAGUAGCAGCAACACCAGCGAGGUAUCGGUGGCCUGCCUGACAGAGCGUAUACACCAGAUGGAGGAGAACCAGCACAGCACAGCCGAGGAGCUCCAGGCGACCCUGCAGGAGCUGGCAGACCUGCAGCAGAUCACGCAGGAGCUAAAUGGCGAGAACGAACGGCUCGGAGAAGAAAAGGUCCUUCUCAUGGAUUCUCUUUGCCAACAGAGUGAUAAACUAGAGCAUUGUGGCCGACAAAUCGAGUACUUCCGAUCGCUGUUGGACGAGCAUGGUGUUGGCUAUACGGUGGAUGAAGACAUCAAGAGUGGGCGAUACCUGGAUCUGGAGCAGCGCUAUGUGGAUCUUGUGGAAAACACUCGCUUUGAGCGCGAGCAGCUUUUGGGUGUGCAGCAACACCUGAGCAACACUCUAAAGAUGGCCGAGCAGGAUAACGCUGAAGCUCAGAGCGUGAUCUCCGCUCUGAAAGAUCGCAACCAUCACAUGGAGCGGAUCUUAGAGGUGGAGCGGCAGGAGCGGUCUGGCAUGGCCGCGAUGUUAGAGGACUGUAGGGUCUCUGUAAACAGCGACCAGGCUGAUCUGAGCCGUUGUCGGACCUUACUGGACCAGGAGAGGCAAAAGGUAGCAGAGCUCUACUCCAUCCACAAUGCUGGUGAUAAGAGCGAUAUCCACAAGCUCCUGGAAGGUGUCCGGAUUGACAAAGAGGAAGCCGAGGCCAAGGCCGCAAAGCUGCAGGACGACUUGGGACACGCUCGUACUGAGGUGGCUUGUCUGCAGGACACCCUCAAAAAGCUGGAUGCAGAGUACAGGGACUUCCAGAGCGAGGUGCAAAAAGAGUUGGCCGAGCAGAAAAGGACUUUGGAGAAGCAGCGCGAGGACAUGCAGGAGAAAGAGAGAGAGAUCGGCGACAUGAAGGAGACCAUCUUUGAGCUGGAGGACGAAGUCGAGCAGCAUAGAGCCGUCAAACUUCACGACAACCUCAUCAUCAGCGACCUAGAGAAUUCAAUGAAGAAGCUCCAGGAUCAGAAGCACGACAUGGAGCGAGAGAUCAAGAUCCUGCACCGCAAACUCAGGGAAGAGUCGGCAGAGUGGCGUCAGUUCCAGGCGGAUCUGCAGACCGCUGUGGUCAUUGCUAAUGACAUCAAAUCGGAAGCACAGGAGGAGAUUGGUGACCUCCGGCGCCGCCUGCAAGAAGCCCAGGAGAAGAACGAGAAGCUGAGCAAAGAACUGGAUGAAAUUAAAAACCGCAAGCAAGAUGAGGAACGUGGCCGUGUGUAUAACUACAUGAAUGCGGUGGAGAGGGAUCUGGCCGCCCUCAGGCAGGGCAUGGGACUGAGUCGACGCCCCUCCACAUCCUCUGAGCCUUCACCCACUGUAAAAACCCUCAUCAAAAGCUUCGACAGCGCCUCGCAGGGUCCCGGAGCCAAUGCUACUGCAAUCACUGCAGCGCCUGCUGCUACGAGCACAGCUUUGACUGCCACCUUACCACGAACACCUCUCAGCCCCAGCCCUAUGAAGACCCCGCCUGCUGCCGCAGUCUCACCCAUACAGAGACACUCAAUCUCUGGCUCUAUGGCUACCGCCAAACCCUUGUCCUCACUUGCAGACAAAAGACCGAGCUACACAGACAUCAGCAUGCCAGCCGAGCAUCUGCUUCGGGCAGCCAAUGGCAGUCGUCCAGCAUCAGCCCUCCAAAGAGUUUCUAACAUAGAUACAUCAAAAGCCAUUACAGUUCCUCGUAGAAGCAGUGAAGAGGCAAAGCGGGAUAUCAGUACUCCUGAUGGAGGUCCGGCUUCCUCUCUGAUAACCAUGGGAUCUGCUGCACCUCCUCUCUCCCUUUCUGCUUCCUCCUCCCCCACGGCCUCCAUCAACCCCACGGCACGCAGCCGUCUUCGAGAGGAGAGAAAAGACCCCCUGUCUGCUUUGGCUCGUGAAUACGGCGGUUCUAAGAGAAAUGCACUGCUGAAAUGGUGUCAGAAGAAAACCGAGGGGUAUCAGAACAUUGACAUCACCAACUUCAGCAGUAGUUGGAAUGACGGGUUGGCAUUCUGUGCUGUUCUUCACACGUACCUGCCCGCUCAUAUUCCUUAUCAGGAACUUAACAGUCAAGACAAGAGACGAAAUUUUACGUUGGCCUUCCAAGCAGCGGAAAGUGUGGGCAUCAAAUCCACUCUGGACAUCAAUGAAAUGGUCCACACGGAAAGACCAGACUGGCAGAGUGUCAUGACUUACGUCACAGCUAUCUACAAGUAUUUUGAGACCUGAGCACAUGUCCGUUUUCAAAUGAAGCGUCACACCUCAAUAACGAUAUUCGACUAACCCGAACGUAGCAUCUCACCUCAUCAUCCUGGGCUCUAACUUCAGCGCAAAUCAUGCCAUAUCAGUUUUAGCAAAUCACAAGGCCAAUUCAGUUAGCAUGUGGAUAUGACAGGAUACGAAAGGAAAUCCUGUACAGUUCAACUCAUGUCUUGGCAGAAUUAUAACACUACAGACUGCUGAGCAAAGCCUGUGGAUUUUCAAAUCAGACUUGAGGAAGAGCGAGGAGCUGCUUGCCGUGCCUUUCGCCACAUGAGAUCUUGCUUUAGAUGUUCGGAACAAGUUCUUCACCUUAAUUCACAAACUGAGUAUGUGUGGUUUGCUCAGUGCAGUGCCUAAUUGAAACACUUGUAAAGCACUUCCAUAGAGAGGAGUUGGACACUAAUGGGAAUUGUUAGAUUCACUAUAGCACACAGUCGGUGGUCUUGCCUUGUUUUAUUGAAAGCUUAUUGGGGGCACCUUUAUGUUUGACUGUGACGGAGUUUGGCUUGAAAUACUGCAUAUAAAAGAGGGAGGUCAGCAAUAAGCUUAUGUAACCUGUUGAGCCAUUUCAUGAAAAUAGUGCUGCUCAUCGCUAAACAGUAAGAUACUGUAGUAAACACUAUGUUGAGAAUUACAGCACAUGUGCAUGUACUGUCUAUAGUAUUCAUGGAAUUUAGUCCUUCGAUCCAAUGCCUGAACCAAAAAUGAAAUCUACCAAGUUUUCCUUUUUGUUUGUGAUUCAAUUAAGCUAACUUCUGUAGUUAAUCUAACGGUAUGUUCUUUCUCAGGAUAAGAAAAAAUGUCAAUAUUUAUCAAGAUAAUUAAUGCUAUAUGAUUCAUAAUAUGCUAUGAGCAGUGCUUUAUCACAUCAUCAAGCACAAAAAACGUAUUUAACGCAUUCAAAUGCACUAGUUCAAGCUGUAAAUGAAACUACAUUCCAGUGCAUUAGUAUGCAUGAAUUGAAGUUACAAAUGGCGACUGGUUUUCAGCCUGUUUGUGUGAGAGAGACAAUGCAAGAUGUUGUGACACUAUCACUUAUAGCCUGUGGUCCAGCUGUGCUGAAUUCACACAUUCUCUUUACAUGAAUAUGAACGCUGUUUUUAUAAGCGCAGUAUACUACAUCUCCAUCUGCAAAUAACUCUCAAAAAUAAUGCAAAGUUUGAGAGGAUACAAGAAAAGGCGUUGAAACGUUUUUCCUGUGUGUACCUUGAUUUUUUUUUUAAUGUAAUAUUUUGUUUGCCCGUUCAGUAUGUUUGUUUUAUUUUGGAUAAUAUAAUUCCUACUUGAAUUGCAGUGUAACUAACUAAACAGCCAUUUUUAGCCUUAGAGUUUGAUUUAUUCUCUAACUAAAUGACACUGUUUUUAGUUCCUCAUACACUUCUCUGGUAAUCUGUUCCGUACAAGUUCACAAGUCAAUACAGUUCAACCAUAGUGCCAGGUCUCCAGUAUUAAACUAUAUCACGUGUUUAUUAAACAGAAGUUGUCUUUGAACUGUAAAGACGAGAAGCGUUCCCGGUCUCACAUGAGCUUCAUUGUCUCGAAAGAGAUCGUGAUGUAUUUCAAUGACACAUUUCUUUUUUAUGCUUUAAAGAGCUUUUAUCAUAAAUACGAAUGUCAUACAGCAGAACUUCGCUCUGUUGCCUUUCAGAUUAUUGUUGUCGUUUUGUUUCUGUUUUUGAAUGUUGAACUCACUUUUGCUACAGUUUUAUUAUGAGAGCAUUAUCUCAAUACCACACGGUAAAAUAUGUCUUGUUUUAUAAACAAAUGUGAUGAGCAAUCAAUAUUCUGUUCCUUCAAAUAAAUGAAUCACAUCAUCUUGAA